AUGGCCAAGGAAGUCACCAUUUCUCAGUGCAUCAAAAACUGGGAACAGAAAAAUGGCAAGACGGAAAAGAGGCGGCUGGGAGAAAGCAGAAGAGGGCGACGCAGAAAAAUCAGCGAAGAAGAAGAAGUGAGCUUCAUAUGCCACGUCCCCUUAAUCGAGAAAUUAGACAACAGCAUUAACUCACUGGAGAAGUGCAAGCGCUUGUCCUUGUCGACGAACCGAAUUGAGAAGCUGAUCCCGAUGUCCGGUCUGAAAAAUAUUGAGAUCCUCUCGCUCGGAAGAAACUGCAUUAAAAAAUUUCAGUUCCUUGAAGACAUCAGUGCAACGCUGAAGCAGCUGUGGAUCUCCUACAACUUCAUCGAUAAGCUGGACAAUCUGCAGUCGCUUAAGAAGCUUCAGGUGCUUUACUUGUUUCACAAUAAAAUAAAAAACAUCGAGGAGGUGGACAAACUGAACGCCUUACCAGAACUUGCCGAAUUGGGACUUAAGGGAAACCCCUUAUAUGAGGGAAAGACAAACGAGUAUAUGAAGCUGGUGAUUUUAAAAAAGCUGCCCCAGCUGAAGGUCGUGGACAACGAGACGGUAAAAGGAGUGUUGUUCGACGUGCAUGAUGAGGAAAAAAGAAGGGAGGGAGAACAACAUCCCUGUAUUGUGCCAUCAGUGCCACAGAGGAAACAGACGUGA